UUGGACUAAUCAGCCAUAUUCAAAAGAAGAUGUUUCAGAAGUGUUUGGUGUUUCUUACAAUUUAUCUCGUCGCUGAAAUGUCUUUGUCACUCUUGUUGCCAAGUGAACGAGAGGACGUGAUGGGAAAGUACUGGUUCAUGAACAGGUAUCAGUGUGAACGACUUUGUUGGUACCGCAAACUGUGUAAGACCUACACUUACAUCUACAACAGGACCCUGGCCACUGAUGGUAACUGUGUUCUACACGCUGACAACAUCUCUACAAACACAACAAGCGGGGUGUCCACAGCUUGGAUUGAAAGGGAAGCUUUCUGGAACACUGAACUCCAAGACAACGGGUGUCGUAGCCGACCCUGUAAUGAAACUCAGGUGUGUGUGCCCACCUUUGGCCCUCCCUUCUACACCUGCCUGCUGUUUCCUGCAGAAUGCCAAGCGCCCUCACGAGAUGACGGUGUCUACAGUGAUGUGACGCUACUCCAGGGUCAAAGGACAGAGUUCAUGUGCAACUCGUCUCUGCUCUGGGUUCCUCGUGAUGCCGACAAUGCGGUCACGUGUCAAGUAAACGGAAAGUACAGCGAGCUGAAGGGGACGUGUAUAAUUGCCAUCUACCACUCACUGGUGAAGUGAAUAGUUUACGUUUACAUUUUUUUUUUGUUUUUGUUUUUGUUGGCUGCGUUUUCUCUCUUACUUUGGUUGUUUUUUGUUUAAACGAAUCAGCUAUAGUCUGCAUGUAAAGGAAAC